UAUACCACUCUUAGGGUCGCCGCCGCCAUGGCCUCCUCCCCCUCCCAUAUCGCCAUCGAGGCCGCUAUCAACGGCAACCUGCGCCUCGUCAAGAGUAAGCGCCGCGCGCUCUCUCUCUCCCCGAACACUCGCGCGGCUCGGUGUUGUGCACUGCGGACGGAUUCGGCCGGGCUGGCCGCAAGUCCGUGAUCCUCCGCGAAAUUGGAGCGAGCUUCGAUUUAAAUGGCGAGGAAGGUGGACCUGCGGGGAGCCAAGGACGCGAAAGGGGACACCGUGCUCCUCUUCGCCGCGUGCAAGGGCAGCCUGGAGAUCUGCAGGUUCCUGGUGGAGGACUCCGGGCUCGAUGUCGAUUCGGCGUCGAAAACAGGCGAGACGCCCAUGGUCUACGCCGCGCUUGCGGGGAAGGUCCAGGUUAUGAGGUACCUCCUCGACCGCGGCGCCGACCCGGCCGUCCGUGACGACAACGGCUCGACGCCGCUGCACUAUGCGGCAGAGGAAGAGGCCCUAGUUCUGAUCUAUUUGGGUUUGCACAUUAUGUUUGUUGUGUCUCCAGGGCACUGCGAAGCUGUAAGGCUGUUGCUGUCCAAAGGAGUCCCCGUGGACCCUGUUGAUCACCGGGGCGCGCCGUUACAGUUGGCGGUUGCAAAGGACCGUGUCGAGGUUGUGAAGCUUCUGUUGGAGCAUGGGGCUGAUCCAAACAAAUUGGUCAAUCAUAUCCUUACACCACUCCUGAUGGCUGUCAUUAGGAACUCCUUGAAAUGCAUGAAGCUACUGAUUGAGGCGGGUGCUGAUCUGAAUGCUCGUGGUAACUCUGGACCAACUCCUUUAACACAAGCAGUUGAUGACGGUUCCACCGACUUUGUCAAGUUGCUCCUAGAGGCUGGAGCUGACCCUAACAUUCCUAGCGAGCAUGGUGCAAUUCCAGUCGAGCUAGCAGCAGUUCAUGGCCGACGUGACCUUGUUGAAGUUCUAUUUCCUAGGACAAAACCAAUUCCAUCUCUGCCAGAUUGGAGCGUUGAUGGGAUAAUUAGAACCGUGAAGUCUCCGCUUAUGAAUCAUCUUCAGGCCUCGGUUUCUGUGGAAGAAAAAAUUGCGUUUUGGAAGUCACAAGGAAAGGAAGCAUUUGCAAAGGAGGACUACCUUACAGCAAUGACCUUCUAUGGCAAGGUACUUGACACAGAUCCAUCUGAUGCCACCAUGUAUGCCAACCAGAGCCUCUGCUGGCUGCGUAUGAGACAUGGGAAGCUAGCUCUGGAAGACGCGCUCAAGUGCAGGAUGAUGCGGCCCCGUUGGUCCAAGGCCUGGUAUCGUCAAGGCGCAGCCCUCAGCUUCAUGAAGGACUACGAGGGCGCCGCUGACGCGUUCCGGGUGGCGCUGCAGCUCGACCCUAAGAAUGAAGAGAUUAAGGAAGCGCUGAGGAAGGCCGAGAAGGCUGUGGAGGAGCCGCAGCGCGGGUAAGAUAAGCAACUGCCGAUGCCGGGUCGCUUCCGAGGGAAGGAUGAUCGGAGAACUCUCUGCCUUGGUUCUUCUCACAUCUCUGCAAUGACCGCCGCUGUGUAUCCCUGCGCCGGAAUUACCGGGUACUAUGUACCCUACUACUAACAGUAAUAGCUACCGUUGCUCGUAUGUUAGGAUGUGUUGCGCUGGGGAGGCAGCCGGUUUCAAACUCUGCUCGAUCAGAGGCCCCGAUUUCGUCGGCAGUUACAGGGCCGAGACCUCGUUCUUUCUGACAGCAUUAUCUUAGGUGGGUGAUGUGUUGUGUUGUACAUAUAGCCUAAAUAGAUAGAUUGAUUUUGUGACGAUGAUGGUGACUGGCCAGGUGAAAAAUGCAUAGCUAGUGCUAACAGUAGCUGCAUUCUGUUAUUUUUUCGCCCCAAUGAAAUGUAGAGGUUAGUGAUUGAACCA